GAUCUCUGCCUCUACAUUAUUCUCUAUUUCUCCUACCCAUACCAACAUAUUCUUCAUCUCUUCUUCAACAAUCAAGAGAUGAGUGAGGAAGCGAAUCACAGUGAAGCUUCGGAGCGUCCAGCUCCCCGUCUGAAUGAGAGGAUCCUCUCAUCUUUGUCAAGGAGAUCAGUGGCAGCACAUCCUUGGCAUGAUCUUGAGAUUGGACCUGGCGCCCCCAACAUUUUCAAUUGUGUUGUGGAGAUAACAAAGGGCAGUAAGGUUAAAUAUGAACUUGAUAAGAAAACAGGACUGAUUAAGGUUGAUCGGAUUCUAUAUUCAUCAGUGGUCUAUCCUCAUAACUAUGGUUUCAUCCCUCGCACCUUAUGUGAAGAUAACGAUCCGAUGGAUGUUUUGGUUCUCAUGCAGGAGCCAGUCCUUCCUGGAUGCUUCUUGCGGGCCAGGGCCAUUGGACUGAUGCCUAUGAUUGAUCAGGGAGAGAAAGAUGAUAAGAUCAUUGCAGUAUGUGCUGAUGAUCCAGAGUAUAAGCACUACACUGACAUCAAAGAGCUUGCUCCUCAUCGCCUCUCUGAGAUCCGUCGUUUCUUUGAAGAUUACAAAAAAAAUGAGAACAAGGAGGUUGCAGUUAACGACUUUUUACCUUCAAAAACUGCUGUUGAAGCCAUCCAGUACUCGAUGGACCUUUACGCUGAGUACAUUCUGCAUACUCUGAGGCGGUAGACACUUCUUUUUCUUUCUUUUUCUCCAUCUCAAUUUCUAAUGAGGGAGAGAAAUCAAUCAAUUGAAUAAGUUGGUUUUAUCAACAAUAUUCUGGAUGAUAUGAACUCAAAUGUAUUGUGUUUUGUAUUUUUGAGGGUUAUUUUAUGCUUGUUUAUUUGAA